AUGAAGAGCUACAUCAUCGCUGCUCUCGCCGCCGCGGCCGCGGCCCUCCCCGAGGUGGCCAACCUGGCCGGUCGUCAAGAUGGUUGCAACGCUGACAACUGCCUCCGCGCCGUCCGGGCAACUCGCUUCGGAACCGCCACCAUGGAGAUUCGCCUGGCAGAAUGCAGCUCGUUCCUCGCCGUGACACAGACUCCGGCUACCUCCACCGUCUACAUCACCGAGAGCAGCAUCCAGACCAUCACGGCCAACUCCACCAAGACCAUCUACCAGCGCCAGGCCGCCGAGACGCCCAUCUCCGCCACCAAGGCCAUCCCAGCCUACGCCUCCGCCUGCGUAGACGAGAGCCGCUACAGCUCCGCCUGCUCCUGCUUCGGCGCCACCGCCGUCACCACCACCGCGCCGGCCCCCAUCGUCACCUCGACCGUCACCUUCGUCUCAACCACCACCCUCGCCCCCUUUGUCAACGUCACCCGCCCCGCCGUCGAGUGCAGCACCGCCUGGAACUGCGGCGACCGCGCCAUCCCCGUCUGCUCGGGCGAGUCCGGCUGCGUCUGCUUCCAGACCGUGGAGGGACGCAAGGUCUGCGCCCAGCCCAACGAUUGCAGCCCGUCCUGCGACACCACCAACGACUGCAGCAACGGCGAGGUCUGCAUCAAGCAGAGCUGCUGCGCUGGCGGCACCUGCAUGAAGGUCGACGUCUGUCUCAACCAGGUCCUGCCGAGGAUGAUGUUCAAGAGGCGCAACGCUGCGUGGGUGAAGAAGCAGGGCCGUGCUGACUUGCACCACCUCAGCUUGGUUCCCCACGAUGCUGAGAUUGAAAAGUUUGCAUAG